GCCUAAGGAGGAGUUCUACGUGAAAGCAGACAGAAUCUGUCGAAAAUUGUGAUCGCGGAGAAGUAAAAAUAGGGAAUGUUUAGUCGAAAUAUAUUUUGAGUGGUAGUAAAUUAAGCUUAACACAAUGCAGUGGUAUACGCGAAGAAAAUGUUCGUCUUUGUAUUUAAAAAAUGCUUGUAAUUUUGGUUUGUUUCACAUUUAAUUUUACAACAAAAAACAGAAGCGAUAACCAUGGGAAACUGCUUGAAUCGGUCAGAGAAUAAAAAUGUCAAAAAGGGGGAGACGCAUACGGGCCAAGCUCUGGUGGUAGAGAGAAAUGAAACAAUUUCUCCUACACCUAAUUCAGCUCUUAUAGUCGUACAGACUCAUGAACCAUCCAGUAUAAGACCAACUCAUCACGAUCUUUUAAAUUUAAAAGGAAAUGGGCCAACACUGCCGACAGCCAUAUCAGAAACGGGCAGUAUUUCAGGCUCCACUGGCACUGCUAAAAUGUUUGUUGCAUUAUAUGAUUAUGAUGCCCGAACGGAUGAAGAUCUAAGUUUUAAGAAAGGCGAGCAUUUGGAAAUAUUAAACGACACUCAAGGAGAUUGGUGGUUUGCAAGGUCAAAGGCCACUAAGAAAGAAGGCUACAUCCCUUCCAACUAUGUUGCCAAACUUAAAUCUAUUGAAGCAGAGCCAUGGUACUUUGGGAAGAUAAAGAGGAUAGAAGCAGAGAAAAAGUUGCUUCUUCCUGAAAAUGAACAUGGAGCAUUCCUCAUAAGAGACAGCGAGAGUCGUAGAAACGAUUUCUCUCUUUCUGUGAGGGAUGGUGAUACUGUAAAGCAUUAUCGUAUCAGACAAUUGGACGAGGGAGGAUUCUUCAUUGCUCGCCGUACCACAUUCCGCACUCUGCAGGAACUAGUGGAACACUACAGCAGUGAUUCUGAUGGACUUUGUGUAAAUCUGCGGCUACCUUGUAUUCAGAUAGAAAAACCAACAACAAGUGGGCUGUCUCAUAACACCAGGGAUCAGUGGGAGAUAGAGCGUGUUUCUCUGAAAUUUGUGCGAAAGCUCGGCCAGGGCCAGUUUGGGGAGGUUUGGGAAGGAUUAUGGAAUAAUACUACUCCAGUAGCCAUUAAAACUCUUAAACCAGGAACAAUGGAUCCUAAGGAUUUCCUUGCUGAGGCUCAGAUCAUGAAGAAGCUACGUCACCCUAAGCUUGUCCAGUUGUAUGCCGUCUGUACAUUAGAAGAACCUAUCUAUAUAAUCACUGAGCUGAUGAAGAAUGGGAGUCUAUUGGAGUAUCUGCAAGGUAAAGGAAGGUCUUUAAAACUUCCACAGUUGAUUGACAUGUCAGCUCAGAUAGCAGCUGGAAUGGCCUAUUUGGAAUCUCAGAACUACAUUCACCGAGAUCUAGCUGCCAGAAACAUACUGGUUGGAGAGAGUAACAUUGUCAAAAUAGCAGAUUUUGGAUUGGCUAGGCUUAUCAAGGAAGAUGAAUAUGAAGCAAGGGUUGGAGCAAGGUUUCCUAUUAAAUGGACAGCUCCAGAAGCUGCAAAUUAUAGCAAGUUUUCUAUCAAGUCAGAUGUUUGGUCAUUUGGAAUUUUACUGACAGAACUGGUCACUUAUGGAAGAAUACCGUAUCCUGGCAUGACUAAUGCAGAGGUCCUUCAUCAGGUUGAACAUGGGUAUCGCAUGCCUUGCCCACCAGGUUGUCCAAUGACACUUUAUGAUGUUAUGUUAGAAUGUUGGCACAAGGAUCCUUUGAAGAGGCCUACCUUUGAAACCCUGCAGUGGAAGUUGGAAGAUUUCUUCACCCAGGAAGGAUCGGAAUAUAAGGAAGCUUCUAUUGCUUAUUAACUGGGAAAUUCUAAAUGAGGCCCAUUACAAUUGGAUUAAGUAAUUGAACUACAUGAAAAUAAAGUUGCCAAAGUUAGAGUGUUGUUGUAUAUUUUGGCAUCAUUCUGACUUAAUGGUAAACUGCCCUGUCCAUGUUAUGAUAAUUCCUACCCAUAUUUUUAUAAUUUUGUAGAGUAAUGUGUUUUUGCAGCUAUUUAUGAUGUCCAUUUCUCUGUUGUGUUUAAGUUCAUCAUAUUCUUUGAGUAGGAAGUGACAUGAAUACAUCUUUGGUUAGAAGAACAUAAAACUCUGAUUAAUUAAUUUAAGUUUGUUUAUUUGAAAUUGAAUUAACUUAAUAUAAGUAGUCAGGUAACAUAGUUAUGAAUAACAUCAGUCUUAUAGGUAUGACUGUAAUAUUACUAAGUUAGUAUAUCCUUUACUAUUACAAGUUGUCAUAUUACUAAGUCAGUUUGUCCUUGACUGUAACAAGUGCGACUUGUCAAGUUAGACAUUAGUUGUUACAGUCAAAAGCAAUCUAACUUAGUUUUAUUACAGGCUGUCAUGUUACAGACAUAGUUAGAUUAUCUGUUAUUCAUACAAUUUAACAAGUUGAAUCACACUAAAGAGAUAAAUGAGAUAAAACAACUUUUGUGGUUUUGUAUGGAAUAAGUAUAAAUCUGUGCACCAAAAAUUGAAUUGAACCUAAUUUGGCAAAGUGAGUGAAAUAACAUAUUGAGUGUAAGAAAAUGUCAGAAAGUUUGGUGUAAGUUAUCAUAGGAAUUUAAUUGUUAUUUUAACAUGGCUAUUCUAUAAAGGUUUAACUAAGAAAUUAUAGCCAGAGACUGAUGUUAAUGAUUAUGAGAUAGUAGAAUAAAUGACAUUACCAGCCAGUAACCUAUAGUGUUGUAUUUAUAUAAAGCUUUAAGAAUUUUGAAUAAUAUAGAGAUGAAAAAAGUAUAAAGGAACAGAAAAAUUUUUUUAAAACUAAAAACCUUGUAUAACCUUACAAAGUACAACAAAGUGCUUUAAGAAUUAAACAUUCUUAUCUUGUGAAAUGCAGGAAAACUUGACGUAGAAAACUACAAACAUUGUCUUAUCUUAUGAAGUACAACAAAGUAUUUU